AAGUCCAAAACAUCCCAGCGUCAGAUCAGACUCAGACACAAAACUUGAUAAGAACGAACAACGAUAACCGUUUUCUUCUUCUUCUUCUUCUUCUUCUUUGCAACACUUUCACUUCUCAACAAACUCUCUCUCUCUCUCUCUCACAAUUCUCGUUGUCGUUUACUCUUCUUCCUUCAUCUACAUUGCAAGUAAACGACAACAAUAUGGGAAACGCUAACGGAAGAGAAGACGGAGCUAUUCCCGACGCCGGCGAUCCUUCCGGUCGUGAACCUCACGCGCCACCUCCUAUUCGUGCUUUUUCUUCCGAUUCAAUGGCAAAUAGUCCGCCUCAAAGUCCUCGUCGUUCCAGAUCGCCGAUCCUCUUCGGUCCUCAGGUUCCUCUAGCUCCAUUACAAAGAGGUAACGGGCCUCCUUUUCUCAAUCAAAUGUGGCAGAAUGAGCCUCAUGGUAUUGUUAAUCAAGCUCCUGAGCAAGGAAUCCCUGUUAUGAUCACUUGGAAUUAUGGAGGUAACAGUGUGGCUGUGGAGGGAUCUUGGGAUAACUGGGCAUCUAGGAAGGUAUUGCAGCGAGGUGGCAAGGAUCACUCGAUUCUUAUAGUCCUCCCAUCAGGUAUAUUUCAUUACAGGUUCAUUGUCGACGGUGAACAAAGAUAUAUUCCGGAUCUUCCUUAUGUAGCUGAUGAGAUGGGGAAUGUCUGCAAUCUUCUUGAUGUUAAUGAUUAUGUGCCAGAAAACCCUGAAAGUGUGUCUGAGUUUGAGGCACCACCCUCCCCAGAAUCUAGUUAUGGUCAAGCAUAUCCAGCUGAGGAAGAUUUUGCAAAAGAGCCAAUGGCUGUUCCUUCGCAGCUGCAUCUUACAGUCCUAGGCAUGGAGAACGCUGACUCCGGUCCCUCUUCAAAGCCUCAACAUGUUGUGCUAAAUCAUGUCUUCAUAGAGAAAAACAUGGCCUCAAAAUCUGUUGUUGCCAUGGGAGUGACUCACAGGUUCCAAUCGAAAUAUGUGACAGUUGUCCUUUACAAACCUCUCAAGAGGUAAAUAUGUGACAGCUGUCCAGGUUGUUGUUUUAUUUUGUAGCCUCAGUCUGUAAAAAAAUGUUCAAAUAAUACUCCCCUCCGUAGGUGGUAUGUGAAGGUCUUGUAUCUGUAGAUAUGCUCGAAAGAAUCUGGUGUUUCUGUUUCGACUUGAUACAUCAAAACUUUCAGAUUUUUGGUAACAUUUUGCGUUUUUCUUCUCCUUUUAGAAUUAUUAGUAAAAUGUCAGUAAGGUACCUAAAAUUUGAUGUCGGCAGUGCUACUGAAGUAACUUCGUUCCUGUCUCAGUUAUGUUUUUUUUUUUGGUUUAUAAUCCCAAGUUAACAAUGGGAGUAGUGUAACUCUAGUGCAUUAGCAGUGAAACUAUUGUUUCUACAUCUUAAACAGCUUGUUUGGUUCA